GGCCGAGCCUGGCUUUUUCGACUCGGGAAGAAAGAAGAUUAUUCUUUGCCGCUAACUCAGACUGUCAUACAAAAGGGCUUACUUCCCUUCAAUUUCCGUUUGCGGCAGAAACGAGAUAGAGAACAUCAAAAGGGCCCGUUUCCUCCAAACAUAGUAUACAGUCUACUCACAGAAAACAUGGAGCUUUCCCCCUCCUCUGCUGUGAUCGCACAGCAAACUUGGGAGCUGGAGAACAACAUCAUCCCCAUGGACUCUCCCACUACCAGCGCCGACCAAGCAUCCGACGCCAUCUUCUACUACGACGAGGCCGCCCAGAGCGAAUUCCAGAGAAGUAAGCCUUGGGUUAACGACCCCCACUACUUCAAGCGGGUUAAGAUCUCCGCUCUUGCCCUCCUCAAGAUGGUUGUUCAUGCUCGCUCUGGUGGCACUAUCGAAGUCAUGGGUCUCAUGCAGGGCAAGACGGAUGGCGAUGCCAUCAUCGUCAUGGACGCUUUCGCCUUGCCCGUCGAAGGCACCGAGACUCGUGUCAAUGCCCAGGCCGAUGCCUACGAAUAUAUGGUUGAUUACUCUCAGACUAACAAGCAGGCUGGCCGUCUGGAAAAUGUUGUUGGAUGGUAUCAUUCCCACCCUGGUUAUGGAUGCUGGCUUUCGGGCAUUGACGUGUCUACGCAAAUGCUAAAUCAGCAAUUUCAAGAGCCCUUUCUGGCUGUAGUCAUUGAUCCCACAAGGACGGUUUCUGCUGGUAAAGUUGACAUUGGAGCAUUCAGGACAUACCCAGAAGGUUAUAAACCCCCAGAUGAGCCUGUCUCUGAGUACCAAACGAUCCCGUUAAAUAAGAUUGAGGACUUUGGUGUUCACUGUAAACAGUACUAUGCGUUGGAUAUCACUUACUUUAAGUCUUCUCUUGAUUCACAUCUCUUGGACCUUCUAUGGAACAAAUAUUGGGUGAAUACGCUUUCAUCUUCUCCAUUAUUGGGUAACGGAGACUAUGUCGCUGGACAGAUAUCAGAUCUAGCUGAAAAGCUAGAACAAGCAGAAAAUCAGUUGGCGCACCCACGUUUUGGGUCAUUAAUAGGCCCUCCUCAAAAAAAGAAAGGAGAAGAGUCUCCACUUGCUAAGAUUACUCGUGACAGUGCCAAAAUUACUGUGGAGCAAGUACAUGGUUUGAUGUCCCAGGUCAUCAAGGACAUCCUCUUCAACUCUGUUCGUCAAGCAAACAAAUCCGCUGCUGAAGCAUCUGGCCCUGAACCGAUGAUUGAAAGCUGAUUCUGGCAUCAUGGAGAGUUGCAUUUUUUUAAUUCCUUUUUGGUGAUUUCUAUUCAUCCUCUGCUGAUUCUAGCAUCAUCUAGUGUGUCUUCUUGCCUGCUUUUUCCUUUCUAUCUCCAUCACUGCUUUCUCAAGACCACCCAUUUAUUUGCUUCUCUUAUUUUAGGGGGAUAUUAUGGAAUAUGGUACUAUUAUCAACUAGGCAAUCAACAACAGACUCGGGUCUUCUUGAGAAUGGUGCUGCUUUUUACCACUGAAGCUCAUCAUUGUGUCACCUCAAGCUCAACUUUUGGUUGCAUUGGAAUCCGACGAUUAUCUUUUUCUUUUAAGCAUGUAAUGACAUCUAUUUAGAAAAAUUGCGUUCCCUGGUCAUUUUGAACUAAUUCUAAUUGUGUGGCAACAAUA